AUGCUUCGAAACAAGCGCCAGAACACCCAACCGCUGGAGGACACCUCCGUGGCCCCCGCGACCUUCACCGAUGGCCUUCCUCUCCCCAAGCUGAUCGUCUUUGACCUCGACUACACUCUGUGGCCAUUCUGGGUCGACACACACUGCAGUGCCCCCAUCAAAGCCCGCGACAACAACUCGCGCGUCGUGGACCGAUGGGGCGAAGCCUUUGCCUUUUACCCCGCCGUGUCCUCGAUUCUCUAUGCCUGCAAGGGCCGCACGAUCCCACUAGCCGUCGCGUCUCGAUCCCAUGCCCCCGAGCUGGCGCGCGACAUGCUGAAAGCCCUGCACAUCAUCCCGAGCUUCUCGGAUAACCCCGCCGCCAACGCGAAGACUAUCCGCUCCCUCGAUUACUUUGAUUUCAUCCAGAUCUUCCCGGGCACUAAGACACAGCAUUUUGCGAAAAUUCAUCAGGCUAGUGGUGUUGCAUACGAGGACAUGUUGUUCUUUGACGAUGAGGCGCGCAAUCGCAAUGUUGAGACGGAGCUUGGGGUCACGUUUUGUCUGGUGCGGGAUGGUAUGACUUUGGACGAGAUGGAUCGGGGGGUUUGGGCUUGGAGGAAGAGGAAUGGUAUUAAGAAGGCUGUGGAGUGA